UCAGCGCAGCCACGCGCGCGCGUUUUAUAGAGAAAGAAGCGCAGCUGCUAGCGCGGCGGUUGAUUGUAGAUUGUGUUGAAGUUGAAGCGAUUUCAAACUUUUUUUGUGUGAAACUGCGCGGCGAGGCAACCGUAGCGAAUACCUCUGUGAAUACGAGUUUUGAUCACGAAGCCGGUGUGUGUUGUUGUGUUCUCGAGAUUGGUUUUUGCGAGUUUUUGUUGAAGUGAAAAUUUUUGCAAAAAACACUGUGAAAAGAGAAGUGGAUUUAUUUUAUUCUUAAACUUGAUGCAAAAUGUUCCACGUGAUUUGAUAUGAAUGACUAGAAGACGCAGAAAGCCGCAAACAUGAAUCUGGUGAACAAGAAUCUGAUCACGCUGUCAUGGGUGCUGUUUUGUUUUUUAUCGGGAAUCGGUUGCAUUUUUCCGUUCCUGCCAAUGCACAUGCUAGCAGUGGGCCUGAAUCGGGGAGAAGCGCGCUUGAUAUCAGCAGUUGCCCCGUGUGUCGCGAUCCUUGGCCCGGCGGUGCUGGGAUGUCUUAUCGAUAAGCUGUCAGUGGGUCGCGGGUCCACCGGCGGCGCUCAAGGGCCGAGCGGUUCCGGCCGACUGCUUCGCUUCGUCACAGCUGUCUGCCUCAUUUUGAGUGCGUUGUUCUACACACUUUUGCUGGCCGUCCCCUAUACUGAACGACAUGAGGCGCGGCGGCCGCAAGUGCUGUUCAUGUGCGACGAGGACAGUGCCUACGUCAUGCAAGAGGUUUGCAAGGAAGACAUGAGGUGCAACCGCUGGUCGGGGGUCAAGUCAGGAGUGCUCGCCGUGGGCUCGUGCGAGUAUGGCUGCGCGGACGAGAACAUGACGUGGGUGCGGCUGCCCUUCGUCACCGCCUCCACCACCACCACCAUCAGCCUCAAGUACAACAGCGUCGCCAACUCUACCGCCCCGACGGUGAACUUCACUUCGUAUGAUGAAGACGAGGAUGACUUCGAAGUGCACCCACCGCACUUGUGCUACGACGGAGAGUGCCAAGUGUACAUGCAGCAUGCCAACCGAAUGAGGGUCCCGCUGUCCCUGGUGGCCCCCGAACCUCCGGAGGACAACUCUACCGCGGAUUCCGCUUGGUGCACUUAUCGCACGAACGGUCCCCAAUGCAUCGUCCCCUUGGACCGACUGCCCCCGGAGGCAGCCGAAGGGAACUGCAAGCCUGCCGUGCGCUGCAAAGUCCUCGACCCCUACGAUGAGCCUGAUGGCGUGUUGGCCGACGCGGAGUGCCGGCUCCAGGUCGGCGACCCCACCUACACCUUCACCGUCUACCUGAUAAUUAGAAUACUAGCUGACAUUUGGCCGACCGCAGCUCUAGCAUUGCUUGGCGCUGCUUGUGUGAUCGCCACCAGAGAGACGUCUUUAGGAAGAGGCGAUGUGGGCAAGCUACUGGCGGUAGGCACACUCGGCCUGGCCCUCUUCCCUCCCUUGGCUGGACUGGCAGCAGAACAGAUGCCAGAGACGCAAUACGUCGUGCCAUUCGUAUUUCAUGCGGUGUUCAUGUUGAUUGGAGCAUUGAUCUUACUUGUUGACAGCCACAUGCCGCUGUCAACGCCUGAAUGGUGGUGGCAUACGUCUACAGGCGUGCUGGCGAUGCCUAUGAACACCGUGCGGCGGUAUGGCGCCGAGACUGCUGCCGUGUUUGCUGUCGUCGCGCUACUGGGCACGUUGUGGAGCGGCAUUGACGCUUACCUACCUUGGACGAUGAUGGACCUGAACGGCACGAUCUUCAAGGUGGGCCUGACGCUGACGGCGGGCGCGCUGCCGGCCCUGCCCGCGCUGUGGUGGGCGGAGGCGCUGGUGGACUUCGUGGGCCACUCCAACGUCUUCAUCACCGCCUUCACCUUCUACUGCCUGCGGUACACUGGUUUAGCGUACAGCACAAACUACUAUUGGAUAGUGGCGUGCGAGGUGCUGGAGGUGUUCACGAUGAGUCUGGUGUGGGUGACGGCCGUGCUGUACUUCCGCCAUCUGGUGCCACGCAAAUACACCACCACGGGCCAGGCGCUGCCGGUCAUUGCGCACUUCUGCAUUGGGCGGUGCAUAGGCGCGAUCGUGAGCGGCGUGGUGACGCUAGACGCGCCGCUGGAGUCGGCCCGCGCAGUUUAUCGCGCGCUGGGCGUGGUGGCGCUGCUGUGUGCUGCCGUGUACCUGGCGCUGUAUCACCUGCUGUUAGCGCCACGCUGUGCUGCGCGCCCUGUAGCGCCGCCGCACCACCUGCUGCAAGGAUUAAAUGCUAAUGGCGGAUCGAAUGGCACAUACUCGCCGAUGCGAGUAUACCACGAGGAGCGUUCCAGGAAAGGCCAUUUCCGAUAUUAAGUCUUCUAUUUAUUGUUUGUUGUCUUAAUCAAGUUAAAAAGUGCCUAGCAUAUCAUUUAUCAGUCUUGAAUGUCAUGUCAUUAGUCAUGUAAGUUUUUCAAAUAAUAUGUUAGUGCAAAAUGUGAUAUAAUAAGUGCUUUUUACUAAUUUCUGAUUAAAUAAGUAUGUUAAAAUUAAAAUAACGCCUAAUUGUUUGCAUUUUUGUGAAAUGUUAUUUUUAUUAAAUGAAUCUCAUGUGUCUCCGA